AAUUAACUCGAUUGAAUCAAUCGAAUCAUGUUGUUAUUAUUUUUGUUAUUUCUAAAUUCUUUGCAUGAAAUUAAAUCAUCGAAAUUGCCUAAUUUUAUACAACCAUGUCCGAAUAUGCUUGGGGAAGAAGAUCGUUUAAACGAUUGCCUUCUUUCGCAAACGAAAACCGUUGUUAACACCUUAAAAGAUGGAAGUAAUGAAUUAGAAAUUCCCCCUUUGGACCCGUUGCAAUUGGAUCUUUUACAUUUAUCCUUACACGAUGAUUUCAUUUUUUCUUUACACAAUCUUACAAUUUCCGGUUUAUCCGAUUGUAGUUUUAUGCGGCUUAAGAUUAAUAACACCGAAAAUAAUUUGCAAAUGUCGAUUCAUUUUAAAAAGAUUACAAUCGUGGGGUAUUAUAAGUUAUUAGGAUUUCUUUUUGUAGCGCAAGUUAAUAGUUCUGGUUAUACAUCGAUGGUUUUUGGUGAGAAAAAUCGAUUUUAUUUCUUAAUCUUUAAUUUUUGUGUUUUAGAUGAUGUUAUUUUAAAUGUGAAAAUGCCAAUGAGUACGAUCCAAAGGGAUUCAAUUCCGUAUUUGUUGUUACCAAGAGCUUUCGAUGCAGGAAUCACUUUUUCGGGGGUUUCCGUUGAGUUUGAAAACUUAUUCCCGUCGGAACCUGUUUUAGGAACGAUUGUUAAUAAGUUUAUUAACGAUAAUUUCGAUGAUUUAUUCCAAGUAAUGCGACCAGGCGUUUUGGACGUUCUCAAACACAACCUACACAAAUUAUUCUUUAAAUUGUUAGCUUUUGUCCCUGUAGAUGAGAUAUUUAAGAUGAAAUAAAAAUUGUUUAAAGAUUA